AUGUUCUCGAACUUUCCGUCUGUCGCCUUUCAUCCUCGACCGCUAGCUGCUUCAUUGGAUGCGCUCAUCAAUGCUGCUGAUGUCGCAAAGGGUGACAUUCAUCUCGAUGCGGUCUAUCUCGUUCCCAUCUUUCCGCUCUCGCCAUCGGCGCAGCAUGCCAUCGACGCUAUCAUCGAGGCCGCCGUCACGACUGCGACUCAUGGUUCUGGCCGUGCUUUGCUGCCGACUCCCGACGUGGUGCUGGUCGAUGCCCAUGUUGAGCGCUUUGACCGGAGGUCAGGCUACAGUCGCCGCGGCGAUGACGUGUGGCGGUGGCGAUCGUCCGAUGAUUGGAUGCUGUCGGGCGUGGACAACGAGCCGGGUCCGCUGGGCCUUGGCGUGCCACGGGCGCUGGCAGCAGCAAUGGCGGUUAUGGACAGCAGUGUUGACAUUGUACUUGUCAUUGCUGACUAUGUCCAGCUCACGCCAGGCGCCCUGACUGUUCUGGGAGCCGGUGAUGGGGGGCUGGCCCCGGGCGUGGUGGUCCAGGGCAUGGUGGUCGACGCCCACGAUCGGGCGCUUGUCACCUCGCUGGAAAUGAUGCUGGCUCCAUACACUGCAGAGACGUUUGUGCGCACUGCCAGGAGUGGAAGCGAGAGCGAGGGUCCCGAGCUUCAUGGCCUUGUCCCGCUUCCGCUCGACACGCUCGCCGGCUACCACGCGUCGCACCUGGAUCUGCAAGCGCCGGCCACUGUGGCGGCAGGCAGGUUCACGACUCUCGGGGCGCUAGCGCGAACGACUCUGGUCGAGUUGCUAGACGCUGCCGCUGUAUCAGGCACGCUCGACGAUCCGGCACUGGUCUUUGAGCUUGACGCGUGCGUGGGCAACGCAGCGGUGGUCGCAGUCGAGUUUCGGCCUGCGAUGAGAGGCCUGGCGUACAUCGAGUCAGUGGACGUGGCUGCUGCUCCGCUUGGCGAGGCGACUGCGUACGCUGGCAUUGACUUUGCCUAUGCUGGUCUCCUUGCCCGCCGUGGCGACGCGCUUCGCGGCUCUGCGGUUGCCGACCGCGAUCCGGAGCUCGACGGCUUGACUCUGGUGUGGAACAUGGAGUGCGGCGCAGGACAGACGCUCGGAUUUACGAUGGAAGCGGUAGGUUUUGCGCUUGCACUCCGGCGGAAGGUUGAUCUCGCGCUGCAGGUCACGUCGUGGUCGUCGUGCGCAGACGAGUUGGCCAAGGUGUCGCUACCUGGUGGUGCUCGUGACGUUGUGCUCCGGCUUGCGCAUCACGACAUGCUCGAGCGAUUUCGGUUGGGAUGGGGGGAGACUGCCUCGCCCCCGCACGAGCGGCCGCGUGUUGCGCUUGUCAUCCAUCGCGACCCUGGGCGGUACCGCUCGUUUGUGGAGCGAGCGCGGCGGAGCCUGGGCAAGGCACAGGUGUAUGUCAUCGGCCGGUCUAUGUACGAGACGUCGAGCAUUCCGGACGACUGGGUCGAGCCAUGUAGCGAUGACGGUGUUGUUCGUGAGAUUUGGCUCCCGACCCAGUUCAAUGUGGACACGUUUUCGAAGCGCGGCGUGGCGCAGGCCCGGCUUCGGGUGGUGGCCGAGCCGGUCGAUGUCGGGGCGUUUCAUCCCGGGGUGCGGAACGCGGCACGCGACGAUGUGUUUGACGUGCUGGCACUCCACAAGUGGGAGCCGCGCAAGGGCGGCGACGUGCUGCUCGCUGCGUUUGCCAGCGAGUUUGGCGCCGAUGACGCGGUAGCGCUGUGGAUCCGGUCGCACAUGGACGACGACAACGUGAUGGAGGCAAUUGGCGCGGUGAGCCUGGCGGGCAGCGGGCCAGGCACGGGGCCGAGCAUCACCAUUCUGGGCGGCACGGUCGAGAGCGCGAUGCUGCCGGUCUUCUACGGCUCGUUUGACGCGUUUGUGCUUCCUACCCGUGGCGAGGGCUGGGGCCUCCCGAUUGUGGAGGCGCUGGCUGUGGGCGUGCCGGUGGCGGCGACCAACGUCUCGGGCACGACCGCAUACCUCGAUGCUACUGUGGCGUGGCCGCUAGCCUACGAGCUCAGCGAGGCCGAUUCGGGGGUAGGCCAGUGGGCUGAGCCGUCGGUGGCGAGCACACGGGCGCAGCUGCGGCGGAUGUAUGACGACUGGGCCAACAACGGCGGCGAAGCUGCGAGCAGAGCUGCACGAGGGGUGGAGCGGAUUCGCGCGCAGUAUUCGUACCCGCAGCUGGCCGCUGCGGUGACAAGCGAGCUGGCUCGAUUCGUGGACGUUUGGUGA